UUAAGCUCCCAAAGAGAUCAACUGCCUUCCACGUCUCCCUCCUUCCCCAAUCGAUGAUAUCAAUGCCGUUCGAUCGGGAAAAAUUAAGCUUGAGCUCGGACAGCCUAUCCCGAUGGGUCACGUGGGGUGGCGGAGCUUUCGUUUUUGGUUGUUUACUCGCAAUUUCUACAUUUAAGAUGAGCAAGAAGAUAAUAACCCCUUCUAAAACGGGUCAAGACGACGAUUCAAAUCUCAAUGUUGAUGGUUUUAGAGAAAGUACUCGUUGCGUCGAUGAAGGAACUCGACAAAAGGAUGAACUGCAACCGUUUCGUCAGUCUUCAUCAACGGAUCUCAUCAGCCAUUCAUGCCACACAACGUCGCAAAUGUUGGUAAAAUAUUCUCCACUGGAAGACUCUGUCAUUGACGAAACUCAAACCCUAACGACGAAAUCCAUCCCAAAAAAAAAUGACGAAGAAAAUGUUGUGGUUAAUAAUUAUGAAGAAGAAGAGUAUACAGAUUCAGAAAAAUCCGUAGAAAAUGAAGUUGCAGAGAGUUUUUCAUCCGAAGAAUUUGAUGAAGCCACUUGGCUUGGGUGGACAGAUAAAUCAUCAUCAUAUUCAUUAACAUCGUCGUCAUCAUUAGAAGAAGCUUCAUCUCAUGGAGUUUUUUCUGGAGAAGAUAGAAAGAGUUGACGAGAAAACGAUAUAAUUAUAUUUAUUG